AUGGCCCCCGUGGUGCCCCCCGCGGCCGCAGCGACGCGCAAGCGCAGUCAGCAGCAGCAACAGGAGAAAGACGACGUCGGCCGACAGCAUUCAGUGCCGCGGCUGAGUGUCGUGCCGGGGAAGCGGCGACGCUCGUCGGCUGCAACACUUGGCGAGCAAGAGCUGACAGUUGAAGAGCAAAACCGGCCGCUUGGUGAGCAAAAGCUGACAGUUAGCGAGCUUGAACCGACGGUGGGCGACCGUAUGUGGACAGCUGGCGAGCCAAAACAAACAGCUGGCGAGCCAAAACAAACAGGUAGCGAGCCAUCGGGGGCAGGUGGAGAGCCUUGUGUGACAGUUGGCGAACAAAGACCUACAGUUGGCGAACAAAAACCUACAGUUGGCGAGCAAAAACAUGCAGUCGACGAGGAUCACUUGUGUCUCCCGGACGGCGCCCCUCAGAACGAGCUGUUUCUUGUGUCGAUCAAGACCAUUGAAGAUCUGGAUGAGAGCGUCGAUGUUGCGGCGGAGGUGAAGGCAGUGGAUCUGGUGCUGCAGCAGCUGCAAGAGCAGAAGCGAACGACGAUCGACGACGUGGACGUGGCGUGGGGCCACGAGUUUGCAGCGCUGGAUUCCCUUCGACGGUUUGCAAAGCACCAUCAGGAGCAGGCACGACGGCAGUUGAAGAAUGAUGUGCUGGUGAAGUUUGUUCUGCCAGCAGCGUUGAGUUUGCGCUCGAUCAUGGCCAGAAAUGCGCUGCUGUGCGUGCAGGAGCUCAUUCUUGGGCUCAAGGUCGAGGCGACGGCGCACUUUAGUGUUGUAGUACCUGUGCUACUGAACCGCGCGUGCUCGAAGAAGCAGUUCUUGAGAGAUCUGGCAAGAGACGUGUUGGACACGGCGCUGCGAGCGGGAGCUGAUGAAGCGUUUCUGCAUCCGCUCAUGUCGACGGCUACGACCGAAAAGAACGCGCAGAUUGUCGGCGUAGCUGGUGUGUACAUGACCAAGUGCGUCGUCCGUAUGGACCGCGCACACUUGCGCACGUUUGUGCUUGAGACGCGGAGUUCUUUUUUCGACGAAAUGGCAAGUUUUCUGAACUGUAAGGCGGUAGAAUGCAAGACAGCUACGCGCCGAAGCUGUCAGCACACGCGCCGAGUCAUUGGGGACGAGACAUUUGUCACACGAGCCAAGGAAAAGCUGAGGGGCAUAGCGCUAUCAGACGUUUUGAGGGCCUCGGAGACUCGCAAGGCAGCGGAGCCUGGCCACGCGAAAUUGAGCAUUCGUGAACGUGUGCUGCAGAUGAAGAAGCAGCAACAGCAGCAACGACAGCGAAGUGAGGGAAACGACGUGUCGGACCCUGUUGCUGCAAGCCUUUAUGACAAGUCGUCGUGA